GCGCCCCCUGUCUGGAAACCCCGUAGCCACGCGCCGCCGUGUUACCGUUGGUCGGAGCUAGUGAGACAAGCGGCAAAGAGCAAGAGAGCAAGCCGCAGAACCAUGAACAGCCAAGGAGGGGACGAGAUCGGGUAAGGAGAGCAGCACUUGGGAGAAACGGGGAGGAGGAGAAGGAGACACUGCGCGGGUCACAUUGGGAAAAAGGGAGGAUGAGGCCUUUUGACCCUGACAGAGUUCUAGGGAGAUUUGAGGCCCGGAAUAUUUGUAACUACCGGAUGUCUGUAAGGCCUCUCUGAACCCUCACACGGGGGGAGGGGUGACUGAUUGGUUGAUUGUCCUGGGGGUUUAGAGGGGAGACUGGCCUGCGAGUGAGACUCCGUGCAGGGUGUAUUUACCAAACUGCGAAUUGGAAACCGAUUUCCAAGUUGCGGAUAAAUUAUUGUGCAUGUUCCAAUGCGGCUCUGUUGGCCUAUAACGUGCCAAGCCGGUUUCAUUUCGCUGUUUAGUGAAUAAGGAAGUAGCGAGGAAUGUACCGCAGCCGGCCGGGCACACUGACCUAUCAUGUUACUCCCCGUGCCCUGCACGCUGGGGUGUGCCCUGACCUUACCUAAACUAACCCCACUGUGAACGGGCACCCAGGCUGCAACACAGGGUGUCCUCUAAACCACGCGGCCCUUAGUAACUAUGUAAACCAAUCAUGCUCCCUGGGACUAGGUUGUGUGUGCAUGUAAUGGAAGCUAUAUGCCAUACACAUAUUGUUUUAAUAUUAUAAUGCCAACUUAUAAUAAUUCCCAGACACAUUUAAUAUUAUAAUGCCAAUUUAUAAUUCCCUGUACCUUCAGCAGCAGCAGGGAUCAGAAUGUCUGCUGAGGUUUGGGCUACAAACCGGUCAAACUGGUUCACUCAUUGUUUAGUAAUUGCUGUACAGAGCACCUGUUUAUUAAUCUGACAAAGCAGGAUGGGUAAGAGCACAUUUGGUGUGCAGUCAGCCCCACAGGGGAUAUUGCAUUGUAGAGGUUGUGUAGAUAAACCCUUUCUUAGCUGAAGGGCUAAAUGGUGUUGAAUCAGUUUUGAACAAGACAAGUUUUUCUCUGUGCCACUACUACAUACGAUGCUUCAGAAUGUUUAGACUUCCUCUAAUCUAAUUUAAAAAAAUCUACACUCCUCUGAAAAAAGUCGUGAAAUUCAUGUAUUUGUACUUGCCCAACAUAUGUUUAUACAGUCAUUGUCAUGCAGAAUUCAAUUAAUAACUAUAUCAGAUGUAGUAGAUUAAGCAGUGUUUAUGAAUGAUGUUCCAAACCAGUGGCACCCGACCUUUUUUGGACCAAGACACACUUCAAUGAGAGAACACUUUUCCAAAGCACACCUAUUUAUUAUUAUUUUUUAAUUAACAUCAUCAGCAGCUUCUAAAUAAAUUUAAAGAACACUUUAUCGUGCUAAUGCUAUCGUACCCUAGUUUAGGUUAAUGGCCCUCACUGCAAGGAUUAACAAGGUGAGUUUACUAAAGCCUUGCAUCAAUGGUCCACAGCACGCCCCUCCACCUUGGUUAAUAUCAAAGCUAUUAUUCAAUCCAAUGCUUUCCCAUAUGCAGCAAAAUCACACACUGCGCAAAUCAUAUGGUCUCUCUGUGAGACCACCUGAUUGAAAUAGCGGAGUUUUACUGUUGUUUUCAGGGUAAGCACCUGUAGUGACUAUCGGUGUGAUUCGAAGUGGGCAUGAUGCCUGGUGUUAGUAUGUGCAGUGUUGAAUAGUUGUUCAUUGUGAUGUUGCACCACUAAUAAAUGUAUUCACACGGUAGCAGGAAGUAACAAUAACAGCAGGGCUCAAAAUUUUCACUCGCAACAAAUUUAGCCCAAGUAGAAAUUCAAUCAUGUACUAUUGCUUGCAGUGGCAAGUAACUUUUAAGGCCUGACUAUUAGCAUAGGACUCACAUGCUCCACUAAAUAUGUCAAAAUCUUACCUUUAUUCCAGUCUGUUGCUUCUGGCUUUGCCCCUGAUCUGCCUGCUUGGCUGACAUCAUCAGAAGUGGUGUUCUGGGCCAAUCAAAAUGCUUUCACAUAGGAGGCAGAUCAGGGACAGAGCCAGCACAAGUCAAACGCAAUAAGCAUCUCCUCUUAGAAAUACAUUGAAUCAAUGCAUCUCUAUGAGAAAAGUUCAAGUUCAGUGUCUCCAUGCAGAGGGUAGAGACACUUAGUGUCAGUGCUGCACAUUAUGCAGCACUAUCCCAAGAAGCGCCUCUAGCAGCCAUAUGAGGGCCAGUGGAGGUAUCCCUAGGCUUCUCUGAAAAUACAGUAUUUUCUGCAAAAAGCCUGAAGGGAAUGAUUAUACUCAUCAGAACAUAUACAAUAAGCUGUAGUUGUUCUGGUGACUAUAUUAACCUUCACCCACUUUGCCUUGUAUUGGGAUCUUUAGAAAGCCUAGUUAACCCCUUAAGGACAGCGUGCGUGCUAUGCCAUCCUUGGGGGCCCGGGUCUAAAUGCCGGCGGGCGGCUUAGCGCGUCCACGCCGGCGAUUCCCCCUGCUGCUGAUCCGGCUCUCCCUGGCCAUGUGAUCGCGAGGUCCUUGCAAGGACCUCAUGAUCACAUGGAUGGAAUAGCCGUCCAUAGCUGUGCCAGCAGGGGGAGUACCUGGAAUGACAGGUAGUCUCCCUGCUGCCUGUAGAAAAGUUGUAAAACAGUGUAAAAUAAUAGAUACUUAGAUCCCAUAUAUAUAUAUAUGAUCUAAGUAUAUAUAACUUACACAUACACUAAGUGCGUUUUAAUAUAUAUAUAUAUAUAUAUAUAUAUUCUCAAAAUACAUGUAGAAUGAUUAUGUGUGUGUGUUAAAAAUUAUUAUUAUGGGGUAUGUCCAGUCUUUUUUAGUAAUCACUUAGUCACAAACUAAAACCAAAGAGAAAGUUACCUGCGCUCUGGCCUAAAUCCCCAUGUACAUUUAAACAAAAUGGAGGCUCUUUAGUUUUAUUCCAAUGGCCAUUUGAAUAUAUAAGCUCACCUGCCACGUCAAGGCAAGCCUCAAUAGGUGAGUUCCUACAUUAGCCAUAAAACAUAUAUAAUCUCAUUAGAGAUGUUUACACUUUGUCUGAGACCAGCAAAGUUUAUUGUAUGUGUAGAAGCCCUAUAAAGGGUUUAUAAAAUACCCCUUCCUGUCUCACUGAGAUUCUUGGCUGAUAUCAGCAUAUCACCUAUUGAGGCUUGCCUUGACGUGGCAGGUGAGCUUAUAUAUUCAAAUGGCCAUUGGAAUAAAACUAAAGAGCCUCCAUUUUGUUUAAAUGUACAUGGGGAUUUAGGCCAGAGCGCAGGUAACGUUCUUUGUUUUUAGUAUGUAUUUUAAGCUGUUGGAUACUAAUCUACUGCUGCUGUAAGCGCUGUGCUUUAGCUUUGUGUUUGUAUAUUUGGUCACAAACACUGGCCAAAAUUGGCAUUUAAAUUUAGUUUUUUGCAUUUUUCACACAAACAAAUAUUAACGUUAACUUUGCCCAGUGUUUUUGGCUACUAAAAAACACUGGACAUACUCCAUUUACCUUGGGUUGUCUAAGAGUUGAAAAUGGUAUGCCAUCAUGGGGGUAAUUCUCAUUCCUGGGCUACCAUACGGUCUCAAAGGCAAUGUAACCAAUCUGGCUAAUUUCAGUGUGAAAAAAAUGUAACAUGCUAUAUUUGACCCUGUAACUUCCCAAAACACCAUAAAACCUGUACAUAGGGGGUACUGUUUUACACGUGAGUCAUCGCUGUAUACAAUACAUAUGUGUAUUUUAUUUCAGUAAAAUUAAACAGUAUUUUGACAUUUACAGUUAAAAUGUCAUGCAGACUUUAAAAAAAAAUAUUUCCUAAUUUCUCACAUUUGUUUAUAUUUUAUUCAUAUUAAAUUAUGUUUCCUAGCUAGAUAUUUGAUGUUAAAUGAAAGCCCCAUUUCUCAUGAAUAAAAUAUUUAAUAAGUGUGGGUGCACUUAAUAUGAAAGAAGUGAAUUGCAAUUGAACAGGCAUAUAGUCAAAUUCCACGUUUUGUUUACAUUUUAUUUUGAUCAAAACGUGUACAUUUGGCGCAGUCCUUAAGGGGUUAAUUAACCCCUUAAGGACAGAGCCAAAUGUUCACGUUGUGAACGAAACAAAAUGUAAACAAAACCUGGCAUUUGCGCUGCAUGUCUGUCCAACCGUAAUUCAACUCUUUCAUAGUAAAUGCACCCACCCUUAUUAUAUAUCAUUUUAUUCAGGGGAAACAGGGCUUUCAUUUAAUAUCAAAUAUUUAGCUAUGAAACAUAAUUUAAUAUGAAAAAAAAUGGGAGAAAAUAAGAUUUAUUUAUUUUUAGUUCUACAUGACAUUUUAACUGUCAGUGUCAUAAUGCGGUUUGCUUUUACUGCAAUAAAAUACACAUAUUUGUAUUCAGCAAAGUCUCACGUGUAAAACAGUACCCCCUAUGUACAGGUUUUAUGGUGUCUUGGAAAGUUAUAGGGUUAAAUAUAGUGCUAGCAAAUGAAAUUCCCUUUACUUUCGGCAUGGGUUGUCAGGCAGGUCCCGCUAAUUGUAAUUAAUUAAGAUACCUAAUUAUGUGUGUGUGUGUGUGUGUAUGUAUAUAUGUAUGUAUGUAUGUAUGUGUGUAUAUAUAUAUAUAUGUGUGUGUGUGUGUGUGUGUGUGUGUAGAAUUAAUGUGUGUGUGUGUGUGUGUAUAUAUAUAUAUAUAUAUAUAUAUAUUUCGUUCUACGUAUAUUUUGAUAUAAAUAUAUAUAUAUUAUCACAAUACAGUUACAACGAAAUAAAACACAUCUAUAUAUUUUUUAAUUAUUUUUUUAAUUUUAUUUUUUAACGUAUUUACAUAUUGCUUUUUUUAUAUUAUAUAUAAAUAUAACAAUAUAUAUAUAUAUAUAUAUAUAUAUAUAUUUAAUCAGUAUCGGUCUACGUGUAAUUUGAUAAUAAAUAUAUAGUAAAAUACACCUAGACAGUGUAUGUCUGUGUGUGUAUGUAUGUAUGUAUAUAUAUAUAUAUUUAUUUUUACACUUUACAUUUUAAAUGAUUUAUUUUAAUUUUAUUUUCAGCCAGCAGGGGCAGCUACCCCCGGCCAUGUGAUUGUGGGGUCCUCGCAAGGACCUCACUCUCACAUGGCCUGGGGGGCUUCCAGGGGGUCGGAUGUGCCGCAGGGGGCUCCCUGGGAGUCCCCCCCACCGCGAUCGCCGGCGACCGGGUAAGUACAGAAAGAACGGAGGACGUACAAGUACGCCCUCAGGUCUUAAGGGGUUAAACAGACAUUACAUUUUUUUUGAAACCCAAAUUAUGUAUAUGAGACUAGAUUAGCUGUAAAUACUGCUGUAGAAUUGGCAUGGUGACCAGUCUCUAUAUUUUAUUAUCAUUUAUCUAGUGCCAAUAAAUUCUGCAGCAUUUCACAGUUCUAGAAAGGUGGUAUCUGACACCAAAUAAUGAACAUAAAAAUAUUGAGAGAGACAAAAGCUAAACAAGCAUUGCUCAAACAAGCUUUACUCUGUGGAGGUAAAGAAAAACAGUAUAUAUACACCUACAUUACCAAAUGCGGUACCAAAACUAGGGGAAAAGAAACACUGAUGUAUAUGUGGGUUUUGAUGUAGAAUGGUGUGAUUGUUUGUUUUUAGCCUGAGUACUGCUGUUUCAUUGUAUGCUAAAAACACUCCUAGCAUUAAUUACUAGUAGAAAAUGUACUUAUCUUAAUGUUAUUUUAUGUAGUUGGACUUAAUUUCAAGCACAAUGUUUAAUUAAAACAAACCUAAAUAGCGGUUUCUCUGUAACAUGGCAUUGCUGCAACCUUAAAAAGUCUUGAACUCUCUAUAAAUGUCUAUUUACUCCUUCUCUUUUUACAGAAAACUGUUUGUUGGUGGUCUUGAUUGGAGUACAACACAGGGUGAGUUAUGGAAAGGUCUCUUAAACUAGAUUUGUUUUUUCCAUUUCCUUUAAUAAAAAGUUCUAAAUAACAAUUAUGGAUAUGUUCUGUAUAUGCAUUAUUAAAUCUUAAAAAAAAGUAUCACCUAGGUUAGAGCAGAAUUUUUUAUUUUUUUGGCAUACAAACAGUCUAGGAUUUAGGUGUAUUCCUAUUCUGCUUAAAGCGGCACGGUCAUGGUCAAAUCCCGUGUUUUUUUUUUUUUUUUUUAACCCCCUCCUGCCUCCACUAUCUCUAAUUUACCCCAAAUGCCCCUAAACCCCCCAUAUUACCUAUUUUUGUAUCUUUAUUUUCUGCCCCAAUCUAUAUUCAGGGCGCCGCCAUCUUUGUGUGGGUAGAUGAAGUCCCUGUGGGACACGUCAUCUGCCCACACUAGAUAGACUGUGAAAUUCCCGCACAUGCCCAGUGAAAUACUUGGACAUGCGAACGGGAAUUUCAUCUAUUCAUUCAUUCGUCAGAAAGCUGAAUGAAUGAAUGGAUAUUUCAGACGAACAAACACCGAAUAUCAGUGUUUGUUCAGUUUAUUACAAGGAGGGAGCUACCGGCACGCAGCUCCCUCCUUGUAAAUGUAAAGAUAGAAGUGGCAGGGAGCACUGCUCCCCACCACUUCCUAAACUCUCCAUGUCCCCCCUCACUCUAUGGGGGUCAAUAUGACCCCCAUAAUAGCAUAAGGAAUAUUAAAAUCUCCCCAGAGUAGGGGCAUGUAUACUAAACAGUGAGCAGCCUGUGGCUCCUCGCUGUUUAAAAAAAGAAAACUACUAUCCUAAAAAAACAAUAAGGGGGACCUACUGUCCUCCCACCCCUGAGCGGUGGGUGGGUGCCCUAAAAACGUUAAGGGGGGAGGGGGACCUACUGUCCUCCCCCCUGGCCACCACCCCUGAGCAGUGGGUGGGGGCCCUAAAAACAAUAAGGGGGACCUACUGUCCUCCCACCCCUGAGCGGUGGGUGGGUGCCCUAAAAACGUUAAGGGGGGAGGGGGACCUACUGUCCUCCCCCCUGGCCACCACCCCUGAGCAGCGGAUGGGGGCCCUAAAUAAAAAUUCCCCUCCCCAAUCAAGGUGACUAGGGGUACCAAGCCCCUAGUCACCCCCCUCACCCUAAAAAUAGUGAGGGGGGAAUAAAAUAACUAACCUGUAAAUAAAAAUUAAACUUACCAUUUGACGUCUAAUUUUUUUCUAAAUUCUUCAUUUUUCAGCCCCAGAAAAAGCCAAAUAAAAAGCCGUCAUACCCGUGGAACUUAAAAUAAAAUUAAAAACCCGAGCGCCAAAAAAAAUCCAGACGAAAAAGAAAAAACCUGACGCUAAAAAAAGUAAUCCAUCUUCACCCAUGGAGGGCUCCGCGCAGACUGAGCUACUCAGGGCGGGGGAAGGCUUUUGCCCCGCCCUGCAAUUAGUUUAAGAACACUCUGAUUGGUUGGUUUAAGCCAAUCAGAGUGCUCUUUGUCAUUUUAUACCGCUUCUUUUCUUUUUUUUUUUUUUAAGGCCCCCUCCCCCCCCAAUAGGCUGCUCACUGUUUAAUAGACAUGCACCUGCUCGCUGUAUAGCGAGUAGGAGCAGAAUUUACUAAUACUAAGUAAUCUUUACUUAGUAUUAGUAAAGUUGGCUGAAAGACCCAUUUAGGUCUUUCAGCAUUUUAGUACAUAGCGCCCUAAUACUGUGGGAAUUAGGGAGUUAUCUACUAAGCGGCUGCAAGAUGCAGCCACAGCACAAAUAGGAUCGGAGUUUCAUGAAAUUGUGAUCCGAGCAAAGUCCCGUAUUGCAUCCUAUCACGAAUGGAGGAACUGUUCUCAUUCUGUUAGGAUGCAAUUCGGCAGUUUUGUCGCCGUUGUGUCUAAGUGACAGGACGUUCGGGAAUACUGACAGGAAGCAUCGUGGGAACAGGGAGGAAAGCUAAGGAUCAUGGGAAAAUUGCUCUGACCAGCGGAAAUGAAGCACACUUUGCUCCUCCGCUGGUCAAGAGGAGGAAACCUCCAUAAGGAAAAGAAUCCCUACUUUGUCUUAUGAUUUUAAAGAAAACUAAAGAAGACAGGAAGAAAAGAACAGGUCCUGAGAGAGGGGGAGAAGAUGAAGAGAUUGAGGAAAGGUAAGUUCGGCAUGACAGUGCCGCUUUAUCUACUUGAUAGUUGGUGUGCUUUGAGGACUGGUUAAGGAUCCACUCUAUUAUUGUGUAUACCACAUUAUCAGGAUUCAAAUUAGAAUCUUAAUUUCAUUACACAGCUUAUGUCACUUAUCUAGGAACUUGUGGUACCAGCAGGUAAAUUAAAUUCCUUUUUAUUUGUGAAUUCUGCCAGUUGAUCUGAUCUACAUAAUGUGUUUCACAGUCGUCAGGCCAAGGGUUUUAGAUCCUUUUUAUCAUCUAUGUGGAAGUUGCUUUAAAUAAAACCUUUUUCAAAAAAGCAAUUGUUUUUGUCUUAUGUCUGCACAUCUCUUUGUUUAGAAAGAAUGUAGUAAGAAGUUCCAUUUAAACCUUGUAUGAGAUGUUAUAAUCUUGGGUUAGAAAUACCAGGUUCAUUCAUUUAGUUUUUCCUUCUACAGAAACCCUACGUAAUUAUUUCUCUCAAUAUGGUGAAGUUGUAGAUUGCGUGAUAAUGAAAGAUAAAACCACAAAUCAGUCAAGAGGCUUUGGUUUUGUCAAAUUCAAAGAUCCCAACUGCGUAGGAACUGUGCUGGCCAGCAGACCUCAUACAUUGGAUGGUAGGAAUGUAAGUAUUUAAUGUCAGAUGUUUGUUUUGUGUGUUCUAUGUGCAGUAGAGGUUAUGCUGCAAACAAUCAUGUAUUCUCUAAAAGGGCAACUGCCACUUUCUAACUUUUACUUAGUGACAAUUCACCUUCCCUAACUCCAAUAAGUGCUGUUGAAGAGUUACUGGGGUGAGGAGUGCAGCAGAGGUAAGCAUAUAACAAAUUUAUGUCAGACACACGUAUGCGUGCAAAAACUGUCAUCUUCCCAUGAUGCAUGCUCACAUGUGGUUGUAGUGCUACAUGAACACGUGUACUUGGGCAUACUUUCCAUGGCGCUGAACACAUGCAUGUGCUUUCAUGCACAGCACCAUAUGGGUCAUAAUAGGCUGCAGUGUAUGUUGGCUCUGCAGUGACCAAUUGGUAUUUAAAGAGCUAUACUAGGUUCUGAACUUGUGUUGCAACUUUAAAAAUUCAGCUGAAUAAAUAGAGAAACCCCAGUCAGUGCAGAUAUAGUUAAAACAAAAUGCCUUUAUUUCUUGAUCUAAAAGUUUUUGUUUGAGCUGUACAGCAGGAAUAGAUUCUUGCGAGUUUCGUGCAAGGGAAUGAAUACCCAACAUAAUUAGACUGUGAACAUCAGAUUAUACAAAGUGCAUAUUUAGUUAGGACAGUAAAGGGGAAAAGACAAGUGACUAAAUGAUGUAAGCAAUAACAACCUUGCGUUUAUAUAUUACUUCAUUUACAAAAAAAGUCUAUAAUAUACAUGUUAAAUGAAAAUGUCUUCGUUUCUCACUUGUAAUUGGCAUACACUUCCUUAAAUUCUAAUCUCUUGUAAUAGAUAUAUUAUUUACACUGUAGAAAUUCAAACUUAACCUUGUAACAUGCUGGCAGUUAUUGAAACUUAAUAAAGAAGACCACAAUGGGCAACUAAAUUCUACGUCUAAAAAGUGUUCACAGUUUCAUACAAACUAGAUUGUGUCUCUCUCUGUUAUAGCUGGCUAACCAUUUUACAGCCACUUGCAAAAAGCAACAUAAGCAAAGUGGCUCAAGUAAACGCUAUUCUUGUCUUAGAAGAGUUUGUAAGCCUGUAAUAAGCAAAUUAACACUAUGGUGCAGUGAAAUGGACACUCUUGUACCAGGGUUAGUUGCAUGCCCAUGGCAGGCUUAUUUUAUAAAUGUGCUGAUUUCAAGUGAAAUAGGCACUUUUAUAAAUUUCCUUUUGAAACACCACCUGGUUUCCUGUCUCACUCGCUUUAAACUGUAGUUCAAGGCAAAAGGGACUGUUUCUCUAUAAACAUCUGAUAGGACACAAGCAUUCAGUAAUGAUGACUUCAUGGAAGGCAGUGAAGAGACUCCCUGCGCUGGAUAAAGAUUUCAAUUGAUUUUAACCCAAUCAGUGCCAAAAUGGACCACUUCUCAGGUGGUCAGGAAAUGAGAUGAUACUUCUGAAACAGCAAUGAGCAUAUCCGCAUAAUGCAGAGCGUUAAACAACAUUCAACUGUUCAAGAGUUACAUUAUAUAUUUAACUCUCCACAUUGUUCAAUCAUGAAGAUACCUAAAUAAACUUCUGUGCAGCCUUACAGAAUUUGCAGCCUCUUAUUUUCUUUCUUUUUAUUUUAUUUUUUCCUAUUGUCCCCUUUACACAAAUUAAGACAGGUAAGGCCACAGCGCAAACUUUCCUACGGUUUCCUUUUGGGUUCUGCAAGCACAGUAUGUUCAAUGGACAACUAUGUAUCUCUAUCCAACCAAUUAUGUUAUCAGUUGGGAUUGUAGCUACAGCAUUUUUGAUUGUUUUAAAUUUCAAAUGUUAAUAACAAAUUACCACUUCUUUGGCCAUAACCUAGGUUUCUGAUGUUUCAUUUGUCCAUUAAUAAUUGUAAUAGAGCCAUAUUAUGUAUUACAGAUUGAUCCAAAGCCUUGUACACCUCGAGGAAUGCAACCUGAGCGGUCUCGACCAAGAGAAGGCUGGGUAAGCAAUUAAAGUGAGGGUACAGAACAUGGUUUUGAGAGUUGUGUGGAUAGUAAGUGAAAGGGAACUGAUGGGUGUUAUUAGUGUAUAGUGGGAUCUACAAUGAGGGUUAUUUAUUAGUUCUCUGUUUUAGAAAAAAUUAUGCAAAACUGUUAAAGGGAGUAAUCCCCAAUGGAAUGUGCCUGUUUGUCACGCUGAUUCUAACAGUAAUUGUCCCACUUUCAGUACUUUAAACUAUUUUUUGAAUAGAACACUUUGAUACAUAACCCCCAGUGUACAAUUAUAUUGUAAUGGAGAGUGAAUGAAACUGAAGAAAGUGAUUCAUGCUUCAUUAUCAUGUUUAUCUUUAUAGCAGCAAAAAGAAUCCAGGACUGAAAGUAGUAAAUCAAACAAGAUUUUUGUGGGAGGAAUCCCACAUAACUGUGGGGAAGCUGAACUGAGGGACUACUUCAAACGAUUUGGAGUGGUAAGUUAAUUCAUUAACCUGUUUACUUAUGCUGAAAAUUCUUACUUUCUCAUUUAGAGUUGGGUUACUUGCAGUCACUACUAUUUACAGAUUAGUUAAAGGAGCACUAUAUGGUCAGGAACGCAAACAUGUAUUCCUGACCCUAUAUGGUUAAAACCACCACCCUGGUCCCCUCAUCCCUCCCUAAAUAUAGUAAAUAUUACUUGUAUUUAAGCCUGAAGCUGCUGGCUGUGUCAUUGUUUCCUUUUGACCUGUCUACAGACAUCAACAGAAGUGGUAGCUUGAUCCAGUCACAAUGCUUCCCCAUAGGAUUGGCUUAGACCGACAAAGGCAGAUCAGGGGCAGAGCCAGCAUGAUUCAAAAACAGCCCUGGUCAAUUAGCAUCUCCUCAUAGAGAUGAAUUGAAUCAAUGCAUCUCUAUGAGGAAAGUUCAGUGUCUGCAUGCAGACGGAGGAGACACUGAAUGUUUGGAUGCAUUUUAGGCAGCCAUGACCCAGGAAGGAUCUCUAACAGCCAUCUGAGGAGUGGCCAGUGAAGUUAUCACUAGGCUGUAAUGUAAACCCUGCAUUUUCUCUGAAAAGACAGAGUUUACAGCAAAAGGCCUGAAGGUAAUGAUUCUACUCACCAGAACAAAUUCAAUAAGCUGUAGUUGUUCUGGUGACUAUAGUGUCCUUUUAACUAUAUAUUGGUCCACGGACACCACAUAGCCCUUUUAUUUCAUUUUACACUGGAUGUCUCUGAAGAUUGAAAGCCUGUAUGUCCUUAAUUAUGUUACAGGUUACCGAGGUUGUCAUGAUCUAUGAUGCUGAAAAACAGAGGCCAAGAGGUAAAUAAAAGCUGAUCCAUCAUGCUUUUAAAUUUCUAUAAUCUUUUCUCUAUUUAGAUGGCAAACAAUUUUCAGUUGACAAAAUGCUCUGUACAUUACCUGUCUGCAUGUUCCCAGGGGCAUAUUCUGUACUCCAUUCUGUGCUGGAGAGGUUUUAGGACUCUGUUCAAACUAUGACCGGACUUACAUUCAGUUAAAAACCUCUAAAAUGUAUCUCCAAAAUAUUUCAUAUACACCCAAGCUGUGACUUGUGUGUCAAUCAUUUUACAUUAUUCAUGAAAAGUCCCUGUCUCCCCCCCCCCAAGCUGCUAUCACUGCCUUUUCUUUUGUUAUUUAGUUACACUUGGGUUUGACCUUUUUAAAAGAGUAUCAAGUACACCAAUUAGGAUCCUGUGAGUAUAAGCAGGAUAGGGUGAGCUUGAUGUCUUCAUUUUAUUUAUUUAUUUUCCAUUUUGAUUUAAUAUAGUUCAGUUGUUUUCUUGCAAGUCUAGGACACAUGCUGGUUGUUGCAGGCCUCAAAACAUCCAUUGCCUGUUUCAUAUGUGUCAAAAUUGUUUGCCAUUUGAAUGUUUUCUUGUUCAUUUCAUCAUUAAGAUACAUGUAUAGUAGAUAUUGCCCUUUGUAUUUUAAGCUAAGUUAUAAUUUGUUUUCAUUGUUACAUUUCUAGUUAUGUAUUUAAGUUAAAGUAUUGUUAAGUUGUUUUGUUUGAUUGUGAUUAAUGUUCUCUCUAGCUUUCUCUUCUAUAGGUGUUUAAGCUCUAUCACUCAGGUACAGGCCAGUGCACAGUUGAAUAAGGGUUGGGGUUUUGUCAAGAGGGUGUAAAUGAAGUUUCAGUAUUUAAGUCCCAUUAUAGGUAUGUUAUUUGUAGGAGCAUAUGUUUUGAUACUCAUUGCAACCCUUUUAAGGAGUUUAAUGCAAUCCAUGCACUUGAGCAGCGUAAAGAAAUCCACACUAUUGGUGCAUGUUUGAAUAAAGUAUUACUGUUUAGAAGGACAACACACAAUUUGUGACUGCCAUUUGAAGUCUCUCCUAAAAAAAUGCCUACCUACUAAGAAGUUAUGUAGACCAAUUAACUUAUAGAAUGUGUAUUUUAAGAACUGUCUCUCUCUCUAUUAUUUUGUUCCUUUUUUUUUUUUUUCUGCUUACUUAAAUAUAACAGUGUAACAUGAGUAGGCUGGUGAUGGUAAUUUAGCCUUUGGUCAAGAUUUGCUGCAGUUUUCACUGACAUAUCCUCUUUUCAAUUAACAACUAAUGUUUAAUCUCGGCUCUAAAAAGGAUUCCAAUACCAUAGUCUUGAAACUUUAUUUACACUUUGCAGAUUAGUCUGGGUAACUUGAACAUUUUUUUUUAUUCUCUUGCUUUAAUUUUUUUUUUUAAUGUGCUAUACAUUAACUUGGCCUGUAUCUUUGUGUAUUCAUAUAGCUUUGUUUCCAACAUAGACUUUGGGCUUCUCCAACCCAGUUUGGGAAAGCUCUAAGAGUCUUUUUUAGAUAUUGUAUAUAUGUUUUAACGCUUUAGAUCAAUAUAUGGCUGCUGUCAGCACUAGCUGCAAAGCAAAAUGCUAACCAAGAGGGAAGCUGCAAACCCUGCAGUGUUGUUCAUCACUGGGUCAGAGAUACUCAGAAUAAAAACAAUAACUUUACCCUGUAUAUUGCCAUUCCAUGUUGCAUCUAAAGACCAAUAGUAAUUUAUUUGGUUAGAGCAAUUAUACGGCCUCAAUAUUAUCUGGAAUUUCAUUGCCUCCCCAUACAGUGGGUAUUUCUGCCAAACAAUAUGGUGUUGAACAUAAAUGGGUUUGCUGCUGAGCUUUUGGUUCUGCUCCUAAUACUGUUCAUCAUCCUGUUUUGUGUCACAACACCCUGCUACCUUGAUUCACUCUUCGUCGUUGGCUAGGUUUUGGAUUUAUAACUUUCGAGGACGAACAAUCAGUGGACCAGGCUGUCAACAUGCAUUUUCACGACAUCAUGGGCAAAAAAGUGUGUAGUUGUAGUUUUAUUUUACCUUAAGCUGGAACCAAGCCUUAGGCAACAUUCAAUGUCCUUGGUGAAUGACUAAUGGAGUAAGGUAACUUUAGUUGGCAGUUUAGGGAAUAGGGUUUAUUUUUAUUUAUUUUUUUUAACCAAGAAACAGAUUUCGCUUAAAAUAAAUGUUUGGUGUUCGCGUGUUAAAGGACAAAUUUCACCUCAACUAUUUUUUAAUAUGAUCCUUUUAUCAAGCAUCAGAAAAAUAAAUAUUUCCUUUCAAUACUUUGAAAAAUAUUUUUGAGGUGAUUGUCUUUUAACUCCAUGGGGUUCUCCAUCAUUGUGAUGUUGCAACCCUAAGGAAGUAUAGAUUUUUUUAUUUUUUUUUAUUCUCGUCACGGACAUCUCUGUUGCCUGAGGUUUGGUUUGACACCUUUCCUUCUGAUGUCAAGUGUACUCCAAAUUUCAUUGAAUGAUAUCUGGCUGCAGAAACUGCUAGAUUUACUAUUGCUAUCUUGUUAUCCUGCAGAAGACCUCAAGAAGGACUGGUUGUUGUAAUUGUUUCAUUAUUGGGUCACUUACUGUAUAUUGUUUGAUACAAAAGCCAUGUUCUCAAUAGUUUAACCAUUCUGCAGUAAAGUGAUCUGUUCAUACUGUGUUGUUUGGUCUGUCGGCAAUAGCUGUUUCAUCUGUCUCUUUGGGGAGACCUCUAAACUGGAACUACUACAACCUCAAGGGAAACAAGAUUACAUUUGCCAUAGUUCUUCCAGUGGGAGUAUCACCUUGGCAACAACUGUGGAGCUCAGGUGGCUUCCAUAUGGAGCUGCAGCAAUAUAUUUUACUCUACAAUACUUUAAUGCUGUGCUAAAAAUAUAUAUAUAUAUAUUGUUUAUUUUUAUCUAGUUAACACAAUAUAUAUGAACAUGCUGGAAGUGGUUUUAAAUCACUGUAUUGUGUGUCCUGAAUUAUCCAAUUUUUAGAUUGUAAUUGUACGGCACACUUUUCAAGUUUGUGUUCAUAGACAAACCGUGUCUAUUUAAUUUUUUUAAAUUUAAUUUGCUUAGCAAAUUCUACUAGCUGAUGUCCAGUGUAGGAAGCACAUUCGUGAAAAAGACUAGGCACAGUUAAAGUAGGUUACCCAGCUCAGAUUACACGCAGAGUAGAGUAACUUGGUGAUUUUUAAAGUGUAAUAUGACUAGACAACAGAGUAUGAAGAAUAUGCUUCCUAUUGACCAAACUGUCCAUUUUGUAUUACUUGCAUGUUUUGUUUACUUUUUUGUUAGAUUUAGUGUAAGAUUCUCUUUCCACAUCCAUUCCCUCUGACAUUAUUUGCGAGUUAAUUAAAUUGAGAUUCUUAAAGCGUUAGCCUGGGGAAGGUAAGUCCUUAUCUUCCAUUAGAUAUUUCUAAAGUCAAACAAAUAUUUCCCUGACAGUGAAUCCAGUCUUUCUCUACUGUGUGUUUAUUUGAGUGGAGUCAAGGUUACUAUCCUUGCAGACCGAUAAAGCACUUAUACCCCUCUCAAUGCUUCACUCAAGAGUCUGGUCCAGUAACCCAUAAAAGGAAUGCCCCUAGUAUCCACGGGACAGAGUAUUGUCCUUCAUUACUGUGAUUAAAAUAGCACUUUUACUCCUACAACUUACUUUCAAUUAAAGGUUAUUGCUCUAUGGCCAACAACAUAUUCUUUCUGAGUUGUCGUUCACUGACCCACAUAAAGUCAUUAAUUUAAAUAAUUAGACUUAAGUUAUAAAGUGCUAAGUUUAGUUGUAAGCUUAAUUUGGGGUGUAGUGGGAGGGAAGGGGGCAGUAACCAGUGGACUUCCCACUGAUCAGUUUCUGUCUUUUUUUAGGUUGAAGUGAAACGGGCUGAACCUCGGGAUAGUAAAAGCCAAAGUCCAGGAUCUAGUCAGUGGACUGGCAGGGCCAUGCAGAGCACAGCCAAUGGAUGGACGGGACAAGCUCCUCCUUGGCAGCAAGGAUACAGCCCACAAGGUGAGUAUACCAAUGUCCUAUAUCUGUUGAUAUAGUGACCAUCUGCAUUAUAGCAUUAGUGGUUCAGGCUUGUUGUGACUUCUGUACAUACUGUUGAUGGUCAAUUAUUUAUAAUUUUUGCACACACAAAAAAUUUAGAAAAAUGCUGCACCAUAAGCCUGUCUGCUUAACCACACCCUUUAUGCCAGAAACUGUUAUUUAUAUCCUUAAAAAGUUACUCCAAGUAUUACGAUCAAGCCAAUAAUUUGAAGUUUUCAUGGUGCCUGGAGUCUGUAUCUGCAGCUUUUCGCUAUGAAACUCUGCGCACACACAGAGAUUAAUCACUCUGCUGCUGGUGGUGUAACUUGACCUCCGUUUGCAUUAUCAGACAGCACAGAAAAAGUUACAGCUAGCUAACGUCAAUGUCCGUUCUAAGCAAAUAUGGUGCACAUAUGUUGGUUGAUUAACGGAGAGCAGUAAACUGACUCUCUCAGCUAAUCAGUGAGUAGCAAGAUCGACAACCGGUUUCUGCAGCUGUGCAAAAGCUGGGUGUUGUAAAUCCACCUACAAAGAGGAUCAGGACCUGGAGUACCCAGACUCCCAUUACCAGGGUAUCGUAUUCAAUGCAGCGAGCUGUAGUGCUUAUAAUGGUUCGAAAAACCCCUAGUGGCUGUCCUCCUUUGUUUUGGGAGGCUUAAAAUGGAUUAACCGGUCAUUCUCAGUCACAGAUACAUUGGUUUCAUAUUUAACUUAUUAAGAUGAGCUGUGCUUUAUUUUAUGGCAUUGCUAUAUUUGUAAAACUUUUAAUGCAAGCUUACCUAAUGAAAAUAAAAUCUCUUUAUAUGUUUUUUGACUUGAGCUUAACCUGUAACCUUCUGUUUUAUUUUUAUUUAGGUAUGUGGAUGCCAACAGGACAAACUAUUGGUAAGCAAUCUCCCAUCAGUAUUUGUGUUGUCUUUGUUACUCGGGGUUGCUUCACUUCAUCCUUUCCAUUCUUUUGGUUCUUCCUAAUGCAGUCUUCUCCACAGGCGGGUACGGGCCUCCUGCAGGCCGGGGUGCUCCUCCUCCACCAACACCCUUUACCCCUUUUCUAGUGUCUCCACCUCCAGGAGGUUUCCCCCCAACACAGGGUUUCACGACGGGAUAUGCAACACCACCCCCAUUUGGUAAGUGUUGUUGUUGAGGCAGUCCUAUGUGUUUUUUGUAUAUCAGGAUCAGAUACUCCUAUCUGCAUGUUAUCUCCCAUCCAUCCUUAUGCAAACUUUGCUGUAUAUUGCAGGCUAUGGUUAUGGGCCGCACCCUCCUGAUCAUUUCGUCCCUUCAGGAGUACCACCUCCUCCUGGUACCCCAGGAGCAGCGCCAUUAGCGUUCCCUCCCCCAGGGCAGUCAGCUCAGGAUCUUAGCAAACCCCCGGGCGGUCAGCAAGACUUUGCCUUUAACCAAUUUGGUAAGUGUUGUCCUUAUGUACCACUUAGUCCCUGUUCAUUUGUCACUUGGGAUGUAAGGGGUGGGGGGAGAGAUUGAUAAUUAAAAAGUUGUCCUACCAGACUAAAGAGGCUGUGAGGGACCACAUAAGAAUAGUCUUCUAGGUUCUGUGGAAGUACGAGCUGCUUUGCUGUCCCUUACUAUUCGUAAAUAAUCCCAAAUGUACCAGGUGCUGUGCAGUACUUUAAAUUUGGGCCACCAAUCUCCACAUCUAACCCUGCCAAGCACCGAACCUCUUGUUUGGCUGGUUGAGAAAAAAAAAAAAGGUUGGGGUUGUAGUGCAUGCCUAAACCCAUCCUACAUAAAAAGCCUGAAGAAAUCACUCUUUCCAGGAAAUGCCUGCUUUGUGAAAUUGUCCGAGUGGAUUUGAGCUCUCUGUGAAGGCCAAAAAAGGUAAGAGAUGGUAGGUAGAGUUAGAUCAUCCUUCCUAAUGCUGAAGGCCUUUGGGGAGCAUGUGAAUUUGGAAAUCAGCCUGAACAUCGACAGAAGUGAUAAAGGCGAGUUUUGAGCAUUUGCAUUUUAGUGUUUUACACAGACAGUCCUACAAUAUAUGCAUUACAAGGUCCUUAAAGAGUCUGCUGAAGUAAGCAGACGUUUAAUCAUCAUCCAAUGGCUGCUAUAGUGGAUGUUGCAUUAAACUUGCAGGGGACAACAGAUUGUGAUUCUUCAGACUUAUAAUAAGACAGCUGUCAUCUGGCUGACUAGGGAUGAUUGAAACCACAUAACUUGGUCUCUCGCAAUUAUUACCCUGUAUUGGUAUCUCCUGUUCCUCUUCCCCUUCCUAUAAAACUCUGGGCAGAGAUUUAGAAUUUGCGUCAAGGAAGAUGUUUGUUCUCCUAUGACUGGGUAGGCAACAUUUGUCACUCCAGGUAUUGUGGGCUACAACUCCCAUAAUGCAUGUGUAGCCAUAAUGCUGUAAAGCAUCACUCAACAUCUGUAGUUCCCAAAGUUGCCUUCCCCUGUCCUCUGAAAAUGUUAUGAAAUGUAUCUUUGUACCCUUCCUGUUUAAUACAUGCAAGAUUGCCUCAGGGUCUAGAGUAAAAAAUGUUCAAGCAUCUGUUGAGGCAAUGGAGAUAUGCAUGAACUGUUGGUCAGAUGGGGAGGGGAUAAUAUUAAUACAGUGGUGUUGAAUUGCAGAGCCUCUGCUGUUGUACUACAACUCCCAUAAUUUCCUGUCAUUGGACUGCACACAUUCCCAGGCUAAUCUUCCUGUUCCUUCUCAGUCCUUACACUGACUUGUCUGUCUAAUCUAUCCUUCAAAUCUAUCUAUCUUCUCUAUCUAUCCUCAUUAUUAAACUAGUGUAUAUUCCAUCUAUGCCCCUUUGUACUAUAUCAGAUCUGAGUCUAUUCUCUGCUAAUACUUGCACCUCCACCUCUCACAUUAAGGAAUUCUAUAGGGUUGCACCAUUGUUAUGGUAUUGCCCUUCCUGUUCCCUUAGACUCCCCCCAAUCUCUAAUCCUUGUAUAAAAAUAAAUUCCUAAAAACUCACUUAUUCAAGAAGGCAUAUCAAUUAAACUGUUAACAUUCCCUUUCCCACCCCACACCUUAUUAGCUGCAUUCAUUUUUUCCAAUGUUCCGUGUAAAAAUUAAGAUCUAUUUUUAUUGUAAACUCUGCUGAAAUUAUAAACUUGUUUGAAAAGACUCACAGCUUUUGGUUCCUGUAUUACAGCUUGUCUUGCAUCUACUUGUUUGUUAGUCCACCUGUUAAACAGCUCUGUAGAAUAUGUUUGUUGGCCCUUUAUAAAUAAAAAUUAUGAUGGGGGUUGAAAUUCAACAAAGUGUGUGUGUGUGUGUGUGUACGAUUAGACAUGCCUUAAUAUGUAAAAUGUUUACAAAGUUUAUUUUAAUAACCAAGACAUUAUGUAUGCAAGGUAAGCCAAAAGUUAAACACCCAAAAUACCUGGGAGAUGUUCACUGAUGGAAUUUCACCGUUAUUUCUUACCAUUAUUUAUUAAAUAGCCUACCUAGAGAAUUCUACUGUUUGACUAUUUUGGCCUUAAACUCACUUUGAAUUCUCACCUUAGUGAAUAACCCUGCCUAUAUUACAGGUAUGUGUGUGUGUUACUGACUUUUGACUCCAUCUGCAUAUGGGUUUAUUUACUUGUUUGUAGAUUUACAGUUAUACCCAUGGAGCUUGUAGUGAUCUCCUUUUAAGUAUUGUUUAAUAUUAGUAUGCAAUGCAAACUCAAAGGCUUACAGUUGCCAUCAUCUUUAGUCAGUUAAUGUUGGUGGUAAUAUUAGCACCACAAUAACUGACCAGCACUGAGCUGAUAAAGUUUGUUUGUAGUUUUUCAUUGUGCAUAGUGUAGUCUUUUUCAUUGCUUUAAGACUUGUUCAUUGUGGUUUUGUUUUCUUAUUGUAGGUUAUGGGCAAGAUAUGAGUGGGUUUGGACAGAGUUUCUCUGAUCUGAGUCAGCAGCCCCAAUCUUACACAUCAGGAUCCUCAGUAUCGGGAGGCCCUCCUACUGGGGCAAGUGGCUUGGGACGAGGGCAGAAUCACAAUGUGCAAGGUUUCCACCCCUACAGGCGUUAACAUCAGGAAAACGAAUGCACAGUGGAGAUUAUUUGACACAUCCACCUCUGAACUUGUGACAAUCACCUGGUGAAGACCUGCUAAAGACUUGUGGAGGCUCUAUAUUUGAAGGAGAAGCUGUGGGUGUUUGGACUAAAGUUUUUACAUCUUUUGACCCAUCAGCACAAAUAAGGCCAAUGAGUCACUAGUUCCAAACAGGGUUUGAAGACAUCUGCAGCUUUAAUGGAACUCUUCAGGUUUUUUUUUUUUUUGUUUUUUUUGUUUUUUUUUUUUCUUUCUUUCUUUCUUUCUUUUUUUUUGUUUUUUUUGAGAGGGGGUAUUUUUCUGAGCCUUUGUUUUAUCAUAUAUUGUAAACUUUUAUGUUUAAAGAUAUAAAAUAUAUACAUUUACAGAUUGUGAAUUUUUAAAAGAAAUGAAUUUUCUACUAUGUAUGCAAGUUUACUUUUUAAUUUAAUUGCAGGGUUUCCGGUGACACUGGAGUUCAGAUAAAUUUUAACUCCUUGCUUAAGAAUUAUUUUUUAUUAUUGUUAUUAUUUUGGGGGGUGGGUGCAAUUAGCACCUUAAUAUUGCCCACUGACUUCCUACUGAGUGUUCUUGAUAUUAAUACUUGACAUAAUGCAGAAAGCGGGAAACAGCCACCUGCUCCACAGUCACCAAUGCAAAGACUUGAUUUGUGCCCCACACCUGCCACAUCCUGUUAGCAGAUUUUCCGGGGUAAAGAAGCCGUCUCUAGAUGUAGAUUCUCAGGCUGAAGGUGUACAGUGCAUUUUGCACUAAAUGGUAAAUACCUCCUGGUUUGAAUAAAGAAAACAAAAAUACAUUGGAUUGUCAUUUGUGGCUGUGUUUAUUGUGGGAGUAUGGUUGGAGUCCAUUAUUA